GCUUCAAGCGCGGGCCGCUCCUCGGACGAGGACAUGGAGGGCCCGGCCGACGUGGCGGCUUGCCAGUCGUUGGAUGAGGAGGACCGGCCGCCGCCCCUGUCCUCGGCGUGCACCAUUUGCUACGAGACGGGCGAGUGCACCAUUUGCUACGACGACGGCGUGAAGCUGGCGACGGUCACGUGCUGCGGCAACAAGGCCUGCGCGUCGUGCCUUGGGAAGCUCAAAGAACGAGACUGGAAGUGCUACUGGUGCCGCGAGCACGUGCCGGAGCGCGUGCUGCGCGCGAUUCUGAACGGCGACAAGCGGAUCUGGCCGCCGCCGCGGCCCAAGUCCGCCGCGCGGAAGACGGACGAG